UCCUGCCCUGCUCGCUGUUUUCUUCUCCCUCCGAGCGACCCGCGGUCUGCAGGAGAAGACUGGCGGCCAACCGGUUUAGCCCAAGUGUUUCUAACCGACCGAACGCCCGCUUUCCCACGGAAUUUAAACGAUCGUUUUGAAAAACUAAGCCAAAGAGUACUCUCGGUUGAUUCUUUAAGAAACAUGUGAGCGUUAUUGAGUUGUCACAGUGUCGGAACGAGCGUUAGUUCGUGUUGAGCAGGAAAGAUGGCGAGGUGUCGUGUGCUGCUUGCAGCGCUCCUGCUGGGGAUAUUCUGCCUCGAAGCUCCGGUGGAAGGACAGUUGCAAAGAGGGGAGCUGGAGGAGGAAAGAUCGUGUCAGGGUGCCUUCGACCUCUAUUUUGUCCUGGACAAGUCUGGAAGUGUGAAGCACCAAUGGUUGGAGAUCUACUCCUUUGUGGAGCAGCUGGCGGAGAAGUUCAUCAGUCCGAUGCUGCGAAUGUCUUUCAUAGUCUUCUCCACGCGGGGAAACACCAUCAUGAAGCUGACGGAGAACAGAGAGGCCAUCGACAAGGGCCUGAUGGACCUCAGGACUGUGAUCCCCGGGGGGGACACCUACAUGAACCUAGGCCUGGAAAUGGCCAAUCAGCAGAUCCACCGGGGGAACCAAGGCACGGCGAGUGUCAUCAUCGCCCUGACAGACGGAGAGCUCAACGAGUGGCAGUUUGACACGGCCCAGAGAGAGGCGGAGAGGGCCAGGUCUAUGGGUGCCAUCGUGUACUGCGUCGGUGUGAAGGAGUUCAACCAGACGCAGCUGGCUACCAUAGCGGACACAGUGGAGCACGUCUUUCCUGUGUGGGGCGGCUUCCAAGCACUCAGGGGGAUCAUUGACUCGAUUAUAAAGAAGUCCUGCAUCGAGAUCCUAGCAGCCGAGCCGUCCAGCGUGUGCGCCGGAGAGCGUUUCCAGGUGGUAGUGAGAGGCAACGGAUUUCUCCAUGCCAGGAACACGGACCAAGUCCUCUGCAGCUUCAAGCUCAACGACACCCACUCUCUGGAUGAGAAGCCGGUGGGCAUCGAAGACACCUUCCUGCUCUGUCCCGCGCCCGUCAUAGAGGAAGUGGGGAGAAUCAUCUUCCUGCAGGUGAGCAUGAACGAAGGCCUCUCCUACAUCACCAGCUCCGUGCACAUCACCACCACUGAGUGUUUCGACGGCACCAUGGUGUUGGUCUCCCUGCUGGUUCUGUUCCUGCUCCUGGGGGUCAUGCUGAUGUGGUGGCUCUGGCCUCUCUGCUGCACGCUGGUCAUCAAAGAGCCCCCCCCCCCACCCCCGCCGGAGCCAGAAUCAGACGAUGAGGACGGGAUGCCCAAGAAGAAGUGGCCCACGGUGGACGCCUCCUACUACGGGGGCCGCGGAGUCGGGGGCAUCAAGCGCAUGGAGGUGCGGUGGGGGGAGAAGGGCUCCACUGAGGAGGGGGCCAAGCUGGACAAGCCCAAGAACGCCGUGGUCAAGAUGCCCGACCAGGAGUUUGAGCCGUACGAACCCAAAGCACGCAAGCCCCCCCGCCGGCCCCCCCAGCAGAGGACAUGGUACACUCCCAUCAAGGGGAAGCUGGACGCUCUGUGGGCUCUGUUCAGGAGGGGCUACGACCAGGUGUCCCUGAUGAGACCGCAGCCAGGGGACCAGGGCCGCUGCAUACGCUUCCACCGGGUGCAAGGGGAGGAGUCUAUCCCGGCCCCUCCCCCUCCUCUCCACGCCCACUCCGCCCCCCCUCCCCCUCCUGAGCAGCAGCCCCUGGUCUCGUCCUCGGUGCCCCGCGCCAAACCGCCCACCAGGGGCCCGCGCACCACGCCCCCCCCCAGGGCCACGCCCCCCUCCAGGGCCCCCCCGCCCAUGUGCCGGCCGCCCCCGGCCCCCCCCCCCUCCCGCCUGCCCCCGGGGGCCCCGGGCCCGCCCCCUUCGCGACCCCCACCCAGACUCUGAUUCUGUAAUGCGUGGGGGGGGCAGAGAGAGGGAGGGUAUUAUGCGCACUGAGCUUUGUCCCCGAGCUCGUAUGCGCUCAUAAAUACCCCACCCUCAGCGGAGUCUCCCGCUCGGAGAGAGAGAAGGAGGCCUUCUCUGGGGGAGACGGGGGCUCUCGUUGAGGAGCUCAUAGUAGAACUGCAACCUGUAGAAAUAUUAAAAUACCAAAAAAAAAAGACAGGUUGUUUGCACGAGGUUUCAUAGUCGCUGACUAAUGCGGCCAAUCGAUGGUUACAUGUCAUACACACAUAUACAGAAGUGACGGAGGAUGGCAUUAAGAGGUGGAAGUGCAUGUUUGAUAGAAGUGUCUGCUAUCAGUUGGGAGUUGAUGCCGUUGGAAUGUAAUGUUGGUUUUAGAAAAGUAUUUGUUUGUUGGGGAUGAUACAGCUGGGGCUGUAAGAGUAAGUAGCAAAUGGUAAUCAAUCUUUAAGGUUUUUGAUAAGCCUUUACAGGGGGUGUACAGCAUGAGUACAUCGACCACUUAAUCAAAAAGCAAAGAGAAUCAACCACUCAAACUAGGAAAAUGUGUUUUUCAAACAGCUUUGUUCAAAGAAACUAUUUUUUUUUGUUUUUUUUGUAAGUGAAUAUAAAUGCAUCUUGUAACUGCAGGGCAGUUGUACCUAUUUAUUUCAAUACAGGCCCUUGUAUGCACCUGCUCUAGUCAAUGGGGGUUGUAUAAAGUUCUGAGGUCCAAUAGGUAAGACAGGAGGAUUCUAUCAUUCCAUCACUUUACAGCCGUCUGUCUCCUAAAGUGAGAUACUGCAUACUAGCUCUCCUUAAUUGCAUUUACUAAUGACUGAAAUGAUGACGCAUCGUUUCUGUAUUAACACGCAUUUUUGUCUUUAAUUAAAAAUGUAUUUUAUAUUGCGAAAGUGAUUAUUUCAAGUAGACUGCAAAACCAAUAAAAUUUUGAAAUAUAUGGAUUCAG